AUGAGCUCACAAUCUGCUACCAUCCGAACCGCCACUCGGGAAGACAUUCCCACGAUCAUCCACCUCAUUCGUGAGCUGGCCAUUUACGAGAAGGAGCCGCAAGCCGCCAAGGCCACGCCUGAGCUCAUCGAGGAGAACAUCUUCCAAAAGGAGAUUGCAAAGUGUCUCAUUGCAGAGGCCGAGGUGGAAGGAAAGACGCAGCCCAUUGGACUGGCCAUUUACUUCUUCUCAUUUUCCACGUGGACUGCCCGUCCAUCUCUCUACCUAGAAGAUCUCUUUGUCCUAGAGGCUUACCGCAACAAAGGUGCCGGCAAGGCCCUCUUCCGCGAGCUAGGCCGUAUCGCCAAGUCCACCAACUGCGGGCGUGUAGACUGGUCCGUCUUGGACUGGAAUGAGCCCUCCAUUGCUUUUUACAAGCAGGUGCUGGGGGCAAAGCCCAUGCUGGGGUGGACGGGGAUGAGAUUAGAAGAGGAAGGUAUCGAGAGACUGCAGACAUUGGGCCUAUGA